AUGAAGACUUCUAAAAAGGGUAUGAAAGUUACGUACUUUCAGAAUAAUUUUAGUAAGUAUUAGUUAAGACCAUAUAGUCUAAGAUUUAGAAACUCAGAAUUAGAAAAAUAAUAUUAGGAAGAUAGAUUAAUAGAUGGCAAGGCAAUAAAUUUCUUAGCAGUUGUUAUAAUUAUUAUUACAAGUAUAGCAGGGUGCAUUUAGGUUGGAUAUGAGUAAAAAAUAACUAGUCUUGUUGUUUUAGCUUUCAAUGCUAUUCUUCAUUGCUUUGCAUUAUUUUAAAUUAAGCAAAACCUCAAAUAUCUCAAGAAUUUUUUAUUUUUACUCAACUUAUACAGCACAGUUUGCUAUUCCAUAUUCCUAAGUUCAAUAGUUAAAAAGCUGACUAUAGGAUAGCUUAUAUUUAUUGAAGAUAUAUAUGUUUAUUCUCUACUCUUAUUUAUGAGAACCAAUACCUUCAUAUGGGACUUAAUGUUUAUUUUGUCAAGCAGAAUCAUUAUACUAGUAUUUUCAAUAGUUUCAAUAGAUAAUAGUCAAUAGUAAUGGUAGGAAGUUACUAUUGCAGUCAUUCUAUGUAUAUUAUCAGGUGUCUUAUCGAUAUUCAACUUGUUUAAGAAUGAAAAACUUAGGAGAGAAACUUUUUUGAAUUUAAAGUAGAAGGAUUAAUGGAAUGUUAUCGUUGACGAAGUUCUACCAAUUAACAUUAUUAUUUCUAAAUAUAAUUCCAUAACAGGCGAAAUUAGUUUAAAUGCUUCUAAUUAAGAAGCCUAGUAGAAUUUCAAGAUUUAAAAUGAUGAGUCGUUUAAUCAAUUCAUGUAAAAAAUAAGGUUGGAUAUCCCAAACUCCAAAAAAACUCUCAGAGAUUUUAUAUUAGAAAAACAUCAUGCAAUAGCUAAAGAAAUUAAAGUAAGAUAAGACAUGAAUAUUAAACCAUUAAUUUAAUAAACUAAGAAAAUAAAUAACAAUAAUAAUUUUAAUAACGACUUAAAAUCUUUGCAAGAGCACGAAAGUCCUUUUGAUGAUUUAGACUCUAAUUCUCCUUCAAAGGUUGAUAAAAAUCCCUCUAUUAAAAAAAUGGUAACAUCAAGAAGUAUCGUGAAGAAGAGACCCUCUGUAAAAUAUGAUUAAGGAUAAAAAUUUGUUGAAAUACUUAAAGGAUAUUACUGCGAAGAUUGGGAAAAUAAACCCUUCACAAAAUGUUAAUAUAAAAUAUAAGUUUUUCAAUUUUCAGUAAAUGAACCACUUUUGCUCAUAAAUGUUGAGAACAACCAAGAAUAAGAAGUUAUCAAGAUGCUUAAAGUUACAAGAAAGUAAUAUCGUGAACUCUUUAAAGAUACUUUGUACUUUUUUUAGGAUAGAAUAGUCAGACUUUCUACUGAGAUAGGACAAGUAGCUAUCCCUUUAAGUUAAAGCAACUUAUAUUAUGACCUAAAAUAUUCCUUGAUGAGUAUAUUUACAGGAAUCCAUAAUAUCCUUGAUUUUGUUUUUGAAAAAGGCAUUUCUAGUAAAGAAAAAGAGCAAGUUAAAGAAAAUAAUACCAAUAAAAAAGAGCUAAAUUCAGGCAAACCUAAAAAAAAAGAUUCAUUUUAUCAGCAGUUGUCUCCUUAAAAUAGUAUUGAAAACGAACUCCAAAUCAUUGAGAAUGGAUAAUAUAGUUUUCAUGGGAAUCCAAGCAGUAGCUAAACAAACAAUAACUAACCAAACAGUAACUUAAAUAAUAAAAAUAAUAGCAAUCCUAAAAUGGGUGUUGGUCAAAAUACGCCACAAAAUCUAUUAAAUAACUCCACAAUGGGUAAUACGAAAAUUAGAAACUUUUCCUUAAGAAAAUUGCUUAAUGAAGUGAGCGAUGUUAUGUUUGAGAAAUGUAAACAGAAAAAAGUGAUGUUUUUUUUCUCAGAUUUGCUUGGGGAAGAUUAUUAAAUGAUUCAAGAUUAGCGUAGAAUUAAGCAAGUCUUAUUUAACUACCUUCAAAAUGCUCUCGAUUGUGUUUAGAAGGGAUAUAUUUCUUUAACUGUAAAGCCUUACAUGAACUUAGGUUUCAAGACAUUCAGAUUCGAAAUUAUGGAUAGUGGGCCUGGAGUAAAUGAUAAUAUAAUUGCUGACGAAUAAUAUAACAAUAAUAAUAAUUUGAAUAAUUCAAGUCAUAAUGGUCACAUCUAAGUUGUUUCUCUUAGGAAAAAGUCUUAAAACCAUUAAAAAUAGUUAAGAAAACUUAGCAGCUUUUCUAAUUAUUUUUAAAAUAUAACAACAGCCAACCCUUAAAGCAAGUAAAAAGGCUUAGGUAUAGGAAUGAAGGUUAACUAAAAAAUUAUAGCUAAAUUAGGUCCAUAUUUUCCUAAAAUUUAUAGUGAGCAAGAGACGGGAACAAGAAUAAUUUAUGAAAUGUAUACAGAUAUUUUGGCAAUUCGUAAUUUAAAAUAAAGAUUUCGUGCAUCCAUUCAUAGAGAUUUUAGAGAGGAAGAUGUACCAGAAGAAGAAGAAUUUAUAGGUUUAUCGUGCUAUAAAUAUACAAGAAAUGAAAUUUAUCACUUCUCUAAAAAUUCUAAAAGCUCAAAUUUGUUAUUAUCUCCUGAUAGUGCUUUGUAUUUGCAAAACUUAAACGAAAAGCAGUAAAAUAUGAUAAACUAGAAUCAAGGAAGUAACUAGCAAAACCAGAUUUACCUAAAUAGUAACUCAAAUAAUAUACCUAGUGCUAUUUAAAGUAUGAUCAACUUGAACACUCCAAUAAUAAUACCAUCUAAUUUUAGUACAAUACCAAAUGAUAAUUUCAAUUAAUCAAUGCCAAUAAGAACACCGAGCAGUCUGAUUCAAGUUGAGCCAAAUUAAUCUAGACAUCGUCCAGAAAGUCUUGAAAAUGCACUAAGCAUGAAAGUUACUCGUAGCAACUAAAUUGCAAUUUCAAACACCCAAAUGAAUAACAGUUUUACUCUGGAAAGUUUUAGAAGCAGAGAUCGUAGUCGAUAAGACAGUUUCUUUGUUGAUAUGAAUAACAGAAAAAGAUUACUAAACUAGAAUAACUAACUUUAGCUAAAUCUUAAUGGAAGUGAUGACGGAAAUAACGUUUUCUAAAAUCCAGCAUUAUACAACGGUAGCUUAACCAAUCCUAAUAAUCAUAAUUAUAACCCAAAUAUAUUCCAUCCUUACAAAAAAUAUUCAUUGCACGAUCUAUCGAAUUACUCUUGA